AAAUAACAAUUAAAGUAAUUGUGAUCCCUUGAUUUUAUCUCUGUGAUAAAGUCGCCUCUUUCGUCGCAGCUAGUCUUCUUCUUCGCCAUCAGAAAAUUCUCACAUCAAAAUUCUUAUUCAACACAAAACCUCAAAGAGUUUCUCCAGAAAUCCCAUCAACAGAAGUAGUUUUUAAGGAAAAUACAAAGCUUCUUUUUCUUUGUGUUUAGGUCUUUUGGUAACCUAAAGAGCUGCUAUACACUGAUCUGAGAACUGUCAAAUACUCUAUUAUACCAAAGAAUGGGUUGCUGCUGUUGUCUCCCGAGUAUACCCGAAAGCUCAAGAACUAUAGAUGAGCAUGUUCCCUUAUCUCGUGCACCGCCUUCCUCUCUCUCUAAUGCAUACACUUCGCCACUUUCGCCACCUAUUCCUUUAGCCUUUACGAAUAGAAAUCUUCAAACUAGUCCACCGAAAUUGCCAAGAACUCAGAGCAAUUCGAGCGAAGCAUCCCCGGGACUCACUCAAGUUGUUCCAGAGAAGGAAAAAUGGCAUGUUGAUGGUCUAACUGAUUUUGAGCUAAAUAAACAGUAUCGAGAAGCCAUAGAUGAAUGUCCAAUUUGCUUAGAAGAAUAUGAUAUCGAGAACCCGAAAUUGCUCACUAAAUGUGGCCAUGAUUUCCAUCUCGCGUGCCUUCUUGAAUGGAUGGAAAGAAGCGAAGCCUGUCCAGUUUGCGACAAGGAAAUAGUAAUCACUGAAUCGCAAUCGUAAACAAGAAACCGAUAGCUCGGAACAAGAAGUGCAAAAAACGGUACAGAAGAUUUGAUAUAAACUUGCAGUAGGACU